AUGCCUGGAUUCGAGGAAGAUGUUGCGUACCCAGCAUACCUCGACCCACCGCGGCCAGACGCAGACGAGACGCUGCCGUCGCAGGUCCAUCCGAGCUAUCCGUUUGGGCGCCCCAAGGUCGGAUCAAAGCUGGGGCUCACGGGGCCAAAUGCGCACGGCGGCGCCAGUGUUUCAAAGCAAGCUGGCAACCUCCUCUUGCCAAACGAGAGGGAGGACGUGUGGACUGAGAUGGAUAUGGGAGCCGUGCUCGAGAAGCCGGAUGGGAAGGAGGUGCCCCCAGUCAUGGCUCGACCUCCGUCUCCAGGCUCGCCGGUGCUGCGGCCAAGACAUCUGCCGCCCCCACGCUCUGCUCAUCUCAGACACCACUUAGAACGCCAGCGCCAGGCGACGCCCCCGGCACCCGCUGACCCCUUCGAUGCUCCCGUUCCUAACGAGACAUACGCGGAGGAAGAGAUGGAAGAUCACCACCAAGACGACAAUAACAAUGGUAACGGCCAGAGCCCGCAAUAG